AAAAGAUGAAGAAAACCAAAAACUAUAAUUAGAAACAUAACGUAUUAAGUUUAGAUUUCACAUGUUCAGAUUUGUUUUUCUCAUGGGGUUUAUAUUUAAAAUAUACAAGUAUGCUACAAAAUAUUUAAGUACAGGGUUUUCUAUUGUAAGAUAAAAGAUGUUACAGAGUUGAGUCAACUUAUUUAUUACAAAAAAAAAUAGCUAACACAUAUUUAUUUGAAAUAAUUCGUAAAAACGUAUAUGCAAUUUGAGUGAGUCGGUUUGUAAAGUGUAACACCUCCAUGUUUUCAAUUCAAAGAUUAAUUGUCAUAACAGUCACAGACGAAUGUAACUCUCCUGGUGAAUUUACCUACAAACUACGUUCAAGUUGAGAUAGCCUAUAAAUUGUUAGUUUCUUGUCCCACCAAAAUCAUCUAAUCAAGCAAUUCACUAUAUAUCCUUAAUAUUAUAAAUAAAAAUAUAAGGAAACAACAGGUGCAAUGGAAGGUAAGAUUGAAAUUAUCUUUUCCAUGGUUCUAGUCAUUGCCACUAUUCUUAUGAGGCCGGGGCUAGCCGAAGUCCAAACCACACCUCGAUUUCCUUCCAUUCCUGGUUCUCCCAUCGAUAUCACAAAGUGUUGGUCAUCACUUACCAGCAUUCAAGGUUGCGUAACGGAAAUCUACAAAUCUGUUGUAACGGGUAAGUUUGAAAACGUUGGACCAGCUUGCUGCAAGGCUUUUACGGAUGUUGAUGCAAAAUGUUGGCCAACAAUGUUUCCUCUGAACCCAUUGUUCCCUCCUCUUAUCAAGGAUGGUUGUUCACGCAUCAGCGGAGCUACACCAUCACACACAACACUCAAGUUUCCUGUGUUUCCUGGUUCUCCGGUCGAUCUCACAAAAUGUUUGUCAUCACUCGUCAGCGUUCAAGGUUGCGUAACUGAAAUCCACAAAUCGCUUCUCACAGGGAAGUUUGAUAAUGUUGGAGCUAUGUGUUGCAAGGCGUUUUUGGCUAUAGAUGCCAAAUGUUGGCCACAAAUGUUUCCGCUAAAUCCGUUCUUCCCUCCUCUUCUCAAAGAUGGAUGUUCUCGCAUUGCAGUCGCUCCCACACACAAAUGAAUUAACUAUAUGGAACCACUAUUCAAGAUGCUUAUCAUAGAUUAUACUUAAUUAUAUUCGAUUAUUCGAGAGUUCCAUUUAUCAUGGCUGCUCUAGGUUUUAUCUACACUAAUAUUAAAUUUUAAGUUUCUGUCAAAAUCUUACAGCUUUCAUCUAUUUUGAAACCAUUUAUUAUUAAGAAAAUCAUUAUUUCAGUAAGAGAUGUUUUCUGGUUUAAAAGUAGUAGAGCUUUUGAUCCCAACAAAUAUAUAAAUAUAAAUAAUUUGACUCGCAUUAGCUGCUAGCUAUCGCAAUUGAUCAUUUUCUUUUCAACAGCAUAGUUGCCUAAACCACAAUUUAGAGGUGGCUAAAAGAUUUUAAACUAUUCUUAAUUCUAGCUAUUAGUUCCAUAAACUCAAUGUAAAUUUGGAGAGUAUAAAAUGUUAUUAGAUAAAUUAUUGGAUGUUAUGUGUGGUAUAAUAGUAAUGCAUAGACGACGACACACAAAAUGUUGGCUCUACCAGACUACCACGUUAGACAUGGGAGAAAUUGUUCAAAAUCUCUUCCAUGACACAUUAUUUUGGCUCUACGUGCAAAUUGCAGUUCUUUUUAUGUCAGAAAAUAAUAUUUAAAAAUCAAGCAAAACAAAACUUGGCCAACUUGUUCCAUGUCGUACGACUUUUUAAGGUUUUCAAAACAAGAACGUGUUUUUUAUACGUCAAGUUCAAACGACAUGACAAGACAAAAGUUGGCAGUAGUUACAAAGUUAUUUUGGGAGUGCUAGGCCAUACUGGUCAGCUUUUUAGCAUCUUUUUGGCUUGAGCAAUAAUAAAUCUAAUCAAUGUUUACUUUAUAAUAUAUUACUUUAAUCAAGAUCUUCAGUAAUAACAAAAUCUAAGAAAAAAAUAAUAUAGUUACAAAGUUAUUAUUUUGGGAGUGCUAGACUAUAUUAGUUAAUCAGCAUCUUUUUGGCUUAAACAUACAUAAUGUGUACUCAGGGGCUGAGAAUCUGUCACUGGAUUGAUACUGUUAGAAUUAUAUAGAAAAAGUCGACUAAUAAUUUAGAUAUUGUAUAUUCAUGCAUAAUGUGUACUCAGGGGCGGAGAAUGCGUUACAAAUGAGCGAGAAAAACGUGAAGGGCAUAAGAAAAAAUGGCUCAAUCGGUGACAGCUUGUUAGUUGUUAGAGUAAAAAAAAAAUCUAAAUGUGAAAGUGUUCUAUAUAAUAAUAUACAACCUCUAAAAGCGGCGAAUGUGCAUCCCUUUUGCAUUUUUAACCAUAAUAUCGCAGUCAAAUAAAUAUUUACAAAGUUGAUCAGCUCCAAUCACAGAAACAAGCUCAGAUCUUCCUUCUGGGAUACGCUCAGAUCUUACGGUGCGGAGCCACCUGAGGAUUGGUCGUCUACUCCACCACCCCCUCCUCCUCCUUUGAACGCUUCUCCUCCAAACAACAUCGCUCCAGCUUCUAACGGCGCUGUUAAAAUGGAUACUUCUCCGUUGCCGGAUGCAGCUAAAAAUGGAUACUUCCUGCUUACAAGUCUUGUUCGGAGUAUGGACCAAUGAACGUGUGUGGUGAGAUAUUUCACAAUAGUAUGGACCAUAACGUGUUUGAUAUUUCACAAGUAUGGACCAUGGAAUUUGUAUGUGUGUGAUAUUUCACAAUAUUAUGGACCAUGGCAAGAUUGUUGCUCCAAAAUAAGUUGUAGUGAUGUGUUGUUGUUUUUUUUUCAAUUCAAAGAGUUGUAGAUAUGUGCUAGCUAUGUAACUUCAUCUGUUUAUUUUGUGCAAACUUCUCUUUUAGGGUUUAUAGUUAUAUGUUCCUUUUAUAACGGAUCUAAAUAAAUAGAUAUUUCUUAUGAAAUUAAAAUAAUAUAAUAU